AUGGAAAUCACUUCGAUCAAACGCGCUGCCAUAUGGAUAUUCGCUGGACUGGGCCUCGCGCUGGCCGUCAUCUCCUGCUGCGACAUGGCCGACAACUAUUUCGUUCUUACCCACCCCGACGCUUGCAUCGCUUCAUCCAACGGAACCCACUGCGCGGCAGAAUUUCGCGUAGCGCGGCGAUCCCUAGGCGUCGUGCCGCAGACGCCGGAGCAAGUCACCUCAGCCAUGAUCGCAGCGGUGCAAGCGCAAGUCACUGCGCUAAUCGCGGCGGCCGACGAGAUUAAGACGAACAACGUGCGGGAAGAUCAUUUCACGAAUGUCAUGGCGAGGAGUUGCGCGCGCCAGGCCACCAUCGCGCUGCGCUACCUGGGGCAGGCGGGCGAUGCGGUGGAGGCGGGCACGAAUCAGCUCGACGUGCCGUACUGGUUGGCGGCCGCCGACACGCAGAUCGACAACUGCGUCGAUGGCUUCCAGACUUUCUCGCCCGCCGCGCAAGGCUUCCCCGCCUACGUACACCUCGAGUAUACGGCUAAGAAGGCGGGAAGCACGCUUGAAGCACUCCUAUCCAUCACCAACGCCGCCGCGAAAGCCGUAGCAUCUGCAGCUACCAGCCUCUCAUCAACGGAGGAGGAUGUGGCGCCCGUGCGCGGACGCCGCAUGGCCGUCCGAUCCAGCAGCACGGGGAACGGCGCGAUGGAUUGGCUUGAGGAGGGCUUGUUCGUCGCCUUCGGUAUCAAGUUCGUCAACACGGCAGGCCCCCAGAAUCACCAAGCAGUUGCGUUUCGCGCCACCGGCGACCAAACAGCUCUUUUCAACUACGCGUUCGAGGGAUCGCAAGAUACAUUGUAUGUGGACGCGGGCCGCCAGUACUACAAGAAUUGUUACAUUGGCGGCUCGCAGGAUUUCAUUUUCGGCGACGCGGCCGUUGUUAUCGAUGCGCCCAAGAUUCAGCUUCACCCGAGCCCCUCUUUCGGGACUCUAACGGCGUCGGGACGGGCCAAGGACACCCCGACGGGGAUUGUGAUUCGCGACGCUGUUGUCUCGGCCGACAAGGGCACGACCAAGGUAUAUCUGGGCCGUCCGUGGAAGAAAUGCGCCUUCACGGUCUUCAUCAACACCUUUCUCCCCGCGGUGAUCGAGAAGGACGGGUGGCUGUCGUGGAACGAGGGCAGCUGCAUGUUUCUGGCGGAGGCGGGCAGCAAGGGGCCGGGCGCCGCGUCGUCCCGCGCGGACUGGGUGGACCCUGGGAUCAUCACGAGCGCCAGCGGAUACGACGCCAACACCUUCACGCAAGUCAACUCCUGGCUCAAGCUGUCGCGCAAGGGCUUUCUCUUAGCACACCUAAUUGCCGGAGCCAGUAGGAGUAGCAGCAGCAGCAGGAGAUUCUGUAGCAGUCACGAGCACACCCGCUAUGCCGUCGGUGCUGGGGCGCCAAACCCGCCUAGGAUUUGA